UCUUCGCCUUCACAUCGUCCCGAUUAACCGAAAUGGGACAAGGAGAUGAUGGGAUCUAGCACCCAGGAAGAAAUAUGGUAAACGUCAUCCAUUCUUAACACCACUCGCUCGCCCAGCCAGCCUGCCCAGGUAUGCUUCUCUAACCCGGCAUCGCAAACACACUUUCCCUAGGGUGGGUAAGGUAGCUCGAUAAUCUGAACUAUUCCUGGGGAUAUGAGGAGUAUGCACUGAACAGCGUGAUGCGGUUGCAUUUACCCCACGUUUUUGGAGUCCGGCAGAUCACCUCGACCAAUACAGAACAUCAGGGCUAAAGUGCCACGCUAUCAUUGGACGUCGCAUGCAAAUGAGGACAGGGACAACUACGGCACUGGAUACUAUAUCUAUCUACGUGGAUGGGUGAGAUCCGAGCAGACGGCAGCCCCCUUACCCUCAAAGCUGGUCGUUGAUUGGGACAUCUACUCAAAACAACUUGAAUCCAGCAUUCAACUUGCGAUUGAAUGUCACUCGAAGUACUGAAACUCAGGUCACCAUGUUGUUCGAUCAGUUCCUUUCAGGUCACUCUGGAGGGUUGCUUUCAGGCGUACUACCUGAGCAGCUUAAGUCGUGGCACUUGGGCGCUUCUGUUCUAAUACUUGCCUUCUUGGCCCUCGUAGUUGACUAUGCGUACAUGUUGCACAUGCGGUCUAAGCUCCCUCCUGGUCCGUUUCCUUGGCCCAUAGUUGGUAAUACAUUCAUGCUGCCGGACAAUAAGCCGUGGAUCUGGUUUGAAGAACUCUCCAAGGUAUACGAUGCUCAACUCAUCACAAUUUGGAUAGGACGGAAUCCUACAAUCUGGAUCAACGAUGCUUGGGCGGCCUCGGAGCUAUUCGAUAAGCGGGCGGGGAUCUAUUCUUCUAGACCGCGGAUGCUCGUGUUUGCAGAAUUAGGAGCAGGUCAGGAUAAUCUCCUGAACAUGUACACAACAACCCCAGAACAGCGUGAUAGGUGGCGCGUCCACCGCAAGCUCAUACACUAUGGCGUUGGCAUCCAGUCGGUCCGUAGGUACCGCGACUUCCAAAAUAACGAGAGCAGAGUUGUCGCAUACGACUUGCUCAAGGCGCCCGAUGAUUACGUGAAGCAUUUCGAGCGUUAUGCUACCAGUGUGGUCUCCAUUAUCGCCUUUGGACGUCGAGUCGAAAAGUGGGACGACCCCAUUAUCACCGAGGUCAUCGCUAUGAUGCACCUGGCAGCAGACCUCAACGUGCCAGGCAAGAAAUUCCCCAUGCUCAUGGAGACGUUCCCCUUUCUCGCUCGUUUCCCCAAUGAAAUUGCCCCGUGGAAAUACGGUCUUGGGAAGAAACGGGCGUUCCAUUUUUUCUAUGCGUUGGCAGAUGAAGCAGUCAAGAAAGGCGACCACGAGGAGUCUUUUGUGAAUUAUUUGUUCUCCGAGAGACCCAAGUAUAAUCUGAGAGAGGCGGAGAUAUCUGCUCUGACAGGGAACCUGUUCGGGGCUGGAUCGGACACGAGUAGCAGCACUUUGAUUACCUUUGUUCUCGCUUGUUGCGCUUUUCCGGAAGCUGUGCGGCCGGCAUGGGAAGAGUUAGACCGCGUCGUUGGCCAUGACAGGAGCCCAUCCUGGGAAGAUGAAGACAACUUGCCGUAUGUUAAGGCGUUUGUCAAGGAAGUUCUGAGGUGGCGCUCCGUGGCUAUCAUCGGAGGGCAGCCUCAUGCACCUACACAGGACGACUACUACAAAGGUUGGCUGAUACCAAAGGGUGCGUGGAUUCAAGGGAAUAUCUGGGCCAUUCACCAUAAUGAGCGUGAGUUCCCCGAUCCAGAUCGCUUUAACCCCUAUCGGUUCCUGGCGGGACACCCGGACCAACGGCCGUUCCCCGGUGAAAAGGGCUAUAUGACUUUUGGAUGGGGUCGUCGGGUCUGCACGGGACAAGCACUGGCGGAACAGGGAACCUGGAUUACGGUAGCUAGGAUUCUGUGGGGUUUCAACAUCCAGCGAAAGAUGGGUGCAGAUGGGAAGCCCAUUGAGGUGGAUAUAUUUAAUUACACUAACGGGCUCAACAUGAGACCUCAACUGUUUGAAUGCAGCAUUACCCCUCGAAGUGAGGAGAUCCGUCGGACUAUUGAACGGGAGGGUAUACAGGCGCUGGGUGAGCUGGAACAGUACCGUGGUGAGUCUAAAUAUCGGAUGUCGACUUUCUAUACCCGUAAUGACCUCGCGAUGGAUCUUUACGGGGAUGGAAAAUGAGUUGUUUUUGAAGGGAGGCUUGUCAAAUACACUCAGGCGGAUCAAACAGCCAUGCUGCAAUUGAUGAGAAAUGAGAAGAUUUAUUUGCACUUAAGCAUAUUACCACUUACGGCCGUGGAAACCCCCGCUGAGAUGGGGAAAGUGUUAUACGUGUCAACGCCUUAUAUGAACAUUUAUGUGUAGACAUUAUUGUUUUUUAAACUGGCCGCUGGCAAUACUUAAUAUGCGAUUGUGACACAGUGAGUUAAUGCGGUGCGACUGCUGAGAUGCAUGCACGCAGUGCAUGAUGAUGGGUAGGUAUUUUCGGGCGUUUUGUAUAAGUAUGACCAC